GCAUAAGUGAAGUGCUGGCACGGUAGCCGUCUGCUGUUGCUUGGCGUGUUUCUGGGUCAGCGAUGACCUCUUCAAAUGUUGGCAAUGAAAAAGCCUUGAAUACUUUGAAAACUACCGUAGAAGGACUGGAAAAGUCUUUGCAAUUUGCGCACGACUCCAUGACCAGUACUGUUUUGCAAAGUACUCAAAUGGUUGGCGUUAUGAAUGACUUGAUGGAAACGCUUCUUCUAAAUUGUUUAUCCGUAGCCUUAAAGGUAGAGAGACGCUCAGGUGCUGUUGUUUUAACGGGCCGGAUCAGCAAUCAGGGCUGCUUAAAAUUACUGAAUCUUUCAUACAAUCUUUCUCUUGUUCAAAAGUCUCUUGAGCGGAGUUGUCCCGCUUUUUUCUAUGAAUUUCGCCAGCCGUGCAUUCCAACACGAAUCGCGGACAACACCUUUUCUUUGCUUCCAUCUUCAAAUUACGAUCUUGAAUUUGAGCUGCAUACUGAAUUUCUAUUAGAAUCCCAUACGAUAGUAUUAGAAAUUUCCGUUCCUUCUCCUUCAACUUUGAAGAUUCUGAAAAAAAAUUACGACUGCGAGCUUCCUUUGCUUGUACAGUGCGACGCUCAGCUACUGCAGGACACUGGCGGUAAUUAUGAAGAGACCAAAACUUGCAAAGUUGAUGGAGACGUUAUUCGAAAACUUUUCAAAUUAUCUCCUUUUGUGGCCUUUCCUUUAGACGCCCUAUACGCUUUUCGCUUCAAAGAUGACAGUGAUGUUGUGCUAAAGUUAAGGACAGCCGCCGUUUCAGAGGACUUUGAAUUUUUUGUAGUUGAAUCAAAGACUUGCUUAAAGAGAGCUGCUGGCCUUCUUUCUGAGCUCGAACAGAAAUCCUUAGUGAUUGUUUAAAUUGUUUUGCAUGGCACGUUUACGUCACCACUGUUUUUUUGAAAUAAAU